CAGUAAUACACUACGCGUCUCUACUGCGCAGACUCACUCAGGGACGAGAGUCUCGCUUCCCACAGAGGAUAUCUAGUCUCCCUAGCAAGCUCUUAGGAGCGCAUCACCACCAGUAAAGCUGUAUAAGCACCGGGUUGACGGGUCCGAGGGUAGUGGCGCGUCGUAUGGGGAGCUGCCCGCUGAAAUCGCCAUGAGCUACAAACCCAUUGCUCCUGCCCCAUCCGGCUCCAACCACACACCUCCAGGCUCCUCGGUGCCCUCUCCAUCCCUGCCCUCGUCAUCCAACUUUAGGCCGGCUUUUAGUGACUUUGGCCCACCCUCCAUGGGCUUCGUUCAGCCUGUCAAAGUGUCUCAAGGAUCCACCUACAGUGAGCUUCUGUCUGUCAUUGAGGAAAUGAGCCGUGAGAUCAGGCCGACAUACGCUGGGAGCAAGAGCGCUAUGGAGAGGCUAAAGAGAGGUAUAAUCCAUGCUCGUGCACUGGUCAGGGAGUGUCUUGCAGAGACGGAGAGAAGCGCCCGCACAUAACCUUUUCAAAAGCUCCCUACAUGCCUCACUCUUUCCCGAUAUAAAUCUGUCCCCAUAGUCUGUUUUAUAGCCAUAUCUUUUCCCUUUUUUGCACUUUCUUUGAUAGCUUUUUAAAGGUGCACUUUGUCCUUGUCUCCACUGUUCCCUGCGUUCCACCAAACUAUUGUGUUCAUGACAAACUUUCUGUGAACUGUGGGGUGUAUGCAAAAUGCAGUUUUGUAUCCCUUUUGAAAUUAGUGUGGUGAAUUUCUACACAUUUUAACGUUGAGCUGUGGGUAAAAACCUUCCUAAAAUGGAUGGGAAUUUUUUUUCAAUGAAAUCAAUGUUCCAGCUGCACCACCGUUCAAGUUUCUUUUCUGAUCGUCACUCUGCAACCACUGAAUAUUUUUUGUUAAUAUGGACAUUUUGAAUAUACCCCAUUUCUAUCAAUAUAUGCUUUUUCAUAUUUUGUAAUGUAAACACACAUUACAUGUUUCUCAAUCCCCAAAACACUGUAUAUCAAGUCAAUUUGUUAGUAUGGAAAUUUUGUAAACCGGAUUUUUGCAGUUAUCUAUGUAUAUCUUAAUUAAAUAACAGGAAAAACA